GUGUGUUUGUUUAAAAAUAACAUUGUUGGAAUUGUCAUUUUCCAAUUGCAGAUUUCAUGGCGGUUUGGAGCUUUUCUGCAAAGCGGACUAGAUUUCUGCGCACCGUUUUGGGAUCUCAGGAAAGAACUGAAUCAAACUUUAGCAUUUAAUGAACUGCUCUGGGAUGCGAGAAAAGUUCACCAAAAGUCUUGUUCUCUGUGCUAGAUACGGUCUCUAUUCUCAGGAACACAUAAAAAAAAUCCUGAUUUGCUGGGGUUUUUUUUUUAAGAACCUGCUCUGGAUUGACUCUUUUAUUCUGGCUUUGAGCGGGGGAAAUGUGCUAACCUCUGUGGAUCUAUAAAUUCUCUGUCAAUGGGGACUUUCCACCUCCUUUGCUUUCCCAAGCCAAGGGAACAGUUCAGUGUUUCUGGGAUUUAAUGACGUUGCAAAACCUCUGGCUCAUUUUCUGUGUGCGCCGGGUCGUGUGGUUUGGGGCUUUUUUGGAAAGAAACUGGAGAGAGCGGCUUCUGUAAAUGUCUCUCCCUCUCCUACCCUGCGGUUGCAACGCGGAUCCUUGUUCCAACUUGUUGGGCUUUUGCCUCCUCUGUUGCAAUCCAUGCUGCCGGGAAGCCAUCCGGCCUCCUAUCCAGACGGCUUCUCUGGGACCAUUUUGCUGACCGAGAGAUUUCGAGGAGACCUCACUUUGAAAACGUCUGGGCGGAAAAAAGUGAAUUGCAAAUUGAAAACUUGACUGGACUCCUGAAGAAAAGCCACACUUUUGCAAAAGCUUAGGAAACUCCGCUUGCAUUCCCUCGGAAAAAAACAUUCCCGCUGGGAUAUUGCGAGGAAGCAGAACUUUUCCCAUGUCUUCCGAAGAGGUCCCCCUUUUGAAGCUGUCUUCCACCCCAAAAGGACUGGAUUUUUAAAGAAAGCUAUAAAAACCCGCUGUCACAUUUCUCAGGAAGUCUCUCGGAAAGCAAUCAAGUGCACAAAAGACAAGUCAUGCUUCUCAAGAAAAGGCUGGUGUUUUUUGGAAACCCACGAAAAGAGUAGAAAAGGUGGGAUUGGAGUCCAUGAUUUCUUGGCCCUGGAAUUGGGCUUCUCAGCUCUUCCUUCUGCCCUGAACACUUCUGCUGCAUUCUUACAAAGCAAAAUGUCUGCUCAGCUGUGCCGUGCGCUUUACGACAAUGCAGCCGAGUGUCCGGACGAACUUUCCUUCCGGAAGGGCGACCUAAUGGUUUUGCUUCAACCCGAGGCUCCGGGGCUCGAGGGGUGGCACCUGUGUUCCCUCCAUGGGCACCAGGGGAUUGUGCCAGCCAACAGAGUCCGGGUCCUCCUGGAGCCAGGCUCCCCUGGGCCGACCUUGCAGCAGAAUCACACCCCAGCGGAUGUCUAUCAGGUGCCCAGGAAGGAUGUAGCCCUGGUUGAGACGGCUUCCAAAACACCCCAGGAUGAGCGACGAAGGCGGGGAUGGAGGAGAGAAGAGCAGGAGGUGUACGAGGUGCCACCCCCGGCUCGGCCUUGCCCCCUGCCCCCUGAGGGGAUAUACUGGGUCCCUCGGGGCACCCGAAGAGAUGGGGAUUUCUCAGAGGUUUACGACAUCCCUUCCUCGGUGCUGAAGGACACUCUUUCUGACACCUACGACUCGCCUUCUUCAUGUCCAAAGAAGGUAGCCCGCGUCGCUCCUCAGCCUACGGCUCCUCCAACUUCAGACGACCCUUACGAUGUCCCGCUCGCCUUCAAGAAAUCCCUGGGCCAAGACGGAGAAGAAGAGGAGGAGAAGGAGGAAGAGGAGGAGGAAGGAGGAGGAGGAACCGGGAGCCCCCUCGUUUAUGCCAUCCCUUCCAAUUUACGCCGCGCCUCAGCCUUGCUCAACUUGUACGAGUCGCCCGAGGAGGUGCUGGCUGGGGAAAGCAGAGAGGAAGCAGCGGGCGAGGAGGAGGAGGACGGGGGCAUCUAUGACGUUCCUCUCAUGGCCCCUGGCUCCCCACCCCUCGAGGGAACCCUCCAAGGAUUGACCCUGAGGGAGUCGGCCACCCCAGCCCGACCACGGCUCCCUUCCGCCGAAAGCUUGUCCCGGCGCCCGCUGCCUGCCCUCCCCAGCGAGGAACGGCUCUCGGUGGAACCCCCACCACCCUCGCCGAGUAUUGCGCGGAAGGGCAGCAUUCAAGACCGGCCGCUCCCGCCACCUCCACCCCGACUGGGGGGCCUUGGCGUGGGAGAGCAGCUAGAGCGUGGUCGGGAAGAGGGCCACAACGAAUACGAAGGGAUCCGCCUCCCGGAGGAAUACGACUAUGUUCAUCUCAAGGGAGCAGACAAAAUCCACCACAAGCCAGCCACACCUGAAGGGAGCCCUGAACUCACGCUGCCUGCAGAGAGUGCUCAGCCUGAAGAAAUGGUUCCACCGUCUCCACAAGACAGCCAGCUCCUGCAUUUCUAUACAGGCCAGUGCCAAGCUCAUUACACCACCUUGCUUUCGGCCAUUGAGGCCCUUCUCGCCAGCGCAGCCGCCCACCAGCCUCCCCGGGUCUUCGUACCCCACAGCAAAUUUGUCAUCAUCACGGCCCACAAACUGGUCUUUGUGGGGGACACCGUGUCCCGCCUGGCGUCCUCGGCUACGGUGCGCUCAAGGGUGGGGGCAGCCAGUGGCGCCCUGUGCCAAGCGUUGAAAACAGCCGUUCUGUCCAUCAAGAGCGCCGCCCUGCAGUACCCGUCACCCCCAGCCGCCCGGGAGAUGCGAGAACGUGUGGUGGAGCUCUCCCGACAAGCCCUGGCCUUCACUUCCUUACUCGGGGCCUUGGCCCCCUCGUGAUCCUGCGGUCUCUGCGGACUCCGAUUCUUCACCAGCAAACAUCUGGCCCCACCCGGCUGCGAUGUGCACUAGAAUUCCUGGCGUUCUAAGGAACCGUAUCACUUUGGACCUCUCUCUGAGUGCAGUGGUGUCCUGCGGAUUUUGGCAAUACGUAGGGUAAAAACAUGCUCAGGGGACCACACUGUCUCAGCACCAGCGUUUCCCUUGGGCUCUGUCUCAAGAUCCUAGCGCGACUUCUCUCUAGACCCCGUGGAAUCCAGUGUCUACAUACAGAACUGUUUUUGCAAGCUUUUAAGGAUGCUCAACUUGAAGGCAACUUUGCUCUGUUCUCCUAGAGCAGUGGUUGCCAACCUUGGCCAACCUGGGUGUUCUUGGACUGCAAUUCCCAGAAGCCCCGGCU